AUGGCGUCGACUUUCAUCCUAACUAGCGCACCACUCUUGCUGAGCCAAGUCCCACUGGCCAGCUUCGUGCCCGAUAUCAGUCAGCCGUACGCUGAUAACAAGCGACCGUAUACAGUCUCACAGUCAGAGUAUUCGGUGCAAACAGAUACCAACUUGACAGGGCUUGUCACAAGGUCUUCGGAGAGUCUUCUAGAGAUCCUAGCAACCAAAUUCGCGCAUCUCCUAGUACGACGAGAGGAGGACAGCACGUUCCGAAUGGAGGCUGAGAGCGGCAGUAUCUACACGCUCAAUAGCCCAAAUGACCUAUUCACGGAUAUCUUAGCAAGUGAGCUGCACGGUGAGCAGGUGAAGCAGUGGCUCGAGCAGUGGAAGCAGAGGAAGCUGGCACCGCGCUUUGUAGUUGGCUACCGAACUUUUGUCAGCGCCAAACUCAGUCGCGCAAAACACACGUCCGGCAACCUGAGCGGUGGCAUAACGGCGCCCAUAAGCACCGCGCAGGGAGACCCGAGUGGCAUGGCUGAUAUCAAAGCCAGCGCUGCGCACAAGACAAGGCGUGAGAUCCAGGGCCAGGCCACUAUCUUGGGUGAGAGGAUCUACGCUAUCGCUUACCGCAAGAUUAAGAUUACAAGUCGCAAGGGUGUCGUCGCAGCUACGCUUGAUCUGAAGACUAUGUGGGAAUCCUUUUCUGGCGCCCGAGGCGAGGAUGACAGCGAGGAUGGCGAAGAAUACUUUGAGGCCUGUAUCUCCGGUGCCGAUGACGAUGGGAACUGCGAUGUUUUUGUUAUCGAUUCUGCACCGGGGGGCGACGGAGCGGCUGUACGAAUCGGCCUCCUUGGCAUUGAUGGCUUGGGAGAGAGCGAGUGA